UCUGUGCGGCUGGACAACUCGUUUUUCCCCCUCGUUCUCAUGCGCAAGGGCUCGCAUCAAACUCUGAGAGGUGAAGAAGAGCCCGGUGAAGUUUCAGACGUCUGAAAUCAUAGAGGACUUUUUUUUUGGCUUGCUUUUGUUGGUGAUAAAGCUCAUAUUUUGUUGGGAUUCUAUUUAAAAAAAAAUUGUGUGUUUGGAAAGGAGAAGAAAAAAACUGCUACAUUUCUUUGAGGUGAGCAGCUUGGUCGUUUCUCAGACUGCCAUGCGAGGCCGGGGUGUAUUGAACAGCGUGUGUAGGCGCUGGAAAUCUGCAGCCUGCGUCCUUGUCUUUCUGGCCUCACUGCUGCUGCUGGCCUUCACCGUACUACUGCGGCCUGAUGAUCACAGAGUGACACGACGAUCAGUUCCCACCAAUGACAACAUGACGGCCUUCACCUCGUCACAAGUACGGCUGGUGAACGGCAGAAGCCGGUGCGAGGGUCGUGUGGAGGUGCUGCAUAAUGGCACCUGGGGCACAGUGUGUGAUGAUGACUGGGACAUGGUGGACGCUAAUGUGGUGUGCCGGCAGCUGGACUGUGGUCUGGCCAUGGCUGUGGGCAGCAGCUCCAGGUAUGGUCAGGGCUCUGGGUCCAUCCUUCUGGACAACGUGGACUGCAAGGGGGGAGAGAUCGACCUGAGCCAGUGCGGCAACCAAGGCUGGGGCAUCCACAACUGCUACCACUACGAGGACGUGGCUGUUAUAUGCAAGGGUAACACUGUGAUAGGACCUAGAGGAAGCCCUGAGGAGCCCACCACUCCGUCCCGCAGAAACGUUGGGUUAAGAGAUGGUACGAUCCGGCUGAUGGGUGGUUCAGACCACUGCCAGGGUCGGGUGGAGAUCUACUACCGGGGAAGCUGGGGGACGGUGUGUGAUGAUGAUUGGGGGAUGCGUGAUGCCGAGGUGGUGUGCCAACAGCUCAGCUGUGGCAAUGCAGACUCCUAUACCACCAAUGCAUACUUUGGCUAUGGCAGUGGCCUCAUCAUGCUGGACAAUGUCAACUGCAACGGCCAUGAGAGCCAACUGGCCAACUGCUACAGCCUGGGCUGGGGCAUCCACAACUGCGGACACCAUGAGGACGCUGGAGUCAUCUGCAAAGGGUCAGGCACUACCACUGUUCCUCCUGUGGACACCGAGACCAUGGGUAGAAUGUUCUUCUAUACAGAGAGCACAGCAGUCACAGGAAUGACCAUGCCAGUCACUGAGACCACUGCAGCUGAGACCUCCACAGCCUUGACCACAAAAGAUCUUCCCACAGUGCGUUUAAUGAACGGGAACAGCAGCUGUCAGGGCCGUGUGGAGGUCUCCUACAGAAACGUCUGGGGCACGGUUUGUGACGAUGACUGGGACAUGGACAACGCUCAGGUGGUGUGCAGACAGUUGGGGUGUGGCCCCGCCCUUGCAGCCCUCCCGCUAGCCCACUUUGGCUAUGGCACCGGCCCCAUCUUACUGGACAACGUGGACUGCGUGGGCAGUGAGGGAGGACUGGCUGACUGCUUUAACCUGGGCUGGGGGCAGCACAACUGCGGGCACCAUGAAGACGCUGGGGUCAUCUGCUCAACUUUCCAGCCUUUGGCAGGAACAUCAAGAAGUUUUGGUGCAACGGAGAAGGUUGUCACCACCACAGCUCCUGCAGAGGGUGCAAUGCGGUUGGCUGGUGGUAAUCAUCGCUGCGAGGGCAGAGUAGAGCUGUAUCUAAACGGCGCGUGGGGCACUGUAUGUGACGAUGCCUGGGAUCUUCCAGACGCCCAGGUGGUGUGCAGGCUGCUCGGCUGCGGGGAUGCUGUAGCCGCUCAGGUAGAGGCCUUCUUCGGGCAGGGCUGGGGCACCAUCCUCCUGGACAAUGUGAAAUGUAUCGGAACAGAGGCCUCGCUCCAGCAGUGCUCCCACAUAUCGUGGGACGUCCACAACUGUAACCACUCAGAGGACGCCGGCGUGACGUGUUCACUCUCAUGAUUCCGUUCCCUCGAGCCACACCCAUCCACCUGGGAGGGGUUUAGAUAACAGGACUUUUGUGUACAUUUUGUAAAUACAGAAACUGCAGUAACUGCUCACGCUGUUAUUCUGAAGAUAUAAAUAUAGCUAGCAAGUGAUACAAAUAAAGAAAAUGACAAAUGAUGCUUACCUAUGGUUAUUGGCAGAUAUUACAAAUAAUUCAAUUAUGCACUUUAUGAAUUCUAUGAAACUCAAAUACAUAUAUACUGUAUGUAUAAAUGCGCAUCAAUUUGCUCCACACCCAUUUUGGAAGGAUGCUUGAUAUACAGUGGAAACCAAAGCUUUAGUCCUUGUUUCUUUCUUUCAUUUUCUAUGUACAAUAUUAAAAUAUUUAGUGCACACUGCUAGUCGUGCAGUCUCAUAGAAAGACGUAUUGCAUUCUCUGCAGCCUCCAGAACAUUCAUUAUUCACAUUCAGAUAAAAGAGUUUCCCUGCAUACUCACAGACUCAACGCUAGGAAACAAAAAAGACAAAACUGAUUUUAACAUUAAAUCGUGCAGCAUCCCAGCACCCAUAUCUGUGAGUUUAAUCCAAAGACUAGGAAACGGAAACAUUUUAACACUUUUAUCAUUAAAUUAGGGCUGAAUGACAUUGGACCUUUUGGUCUAUAUAAUAUAAUUCCGAUACUGAUUUGAGCAAUACAUAUGCAACAGAAAGUUGGCCAAAAAUGCCUGUACAUACAAAAUAAUUUCUGAUGUACGUCAGUGGUAGAAAUCAUGGAAAUGUGUUUAAAAGUAAUAUCAACAUUAAUGACAGAUUUUCUAUUGUGAUAUUUAUUGCUUUUGAAUUAUUGUCCAGCCCUAAUAAUACAUGUUAAUAUGUAAUACCCACAGUGUUAAAUUACCACUAAUAGGGUAGAUUUCUCUACCCUAUUAUCGCGAUAACGAUACUCUUGACGAUAUGACGAAAUACUGAAUUUACAAAAUGAUUUCAAGAAUACACUACUGCACCAAAAUUAAUAUUAAAUUUUCUUAUUGAAUUUGAUAUGAUAUGACACACCCCUAACUGAGAUAUUUAAAAAAUUGUAACAGAAGUCAAUCAUCCAGGAUGUCAUGGCACUAAAAUGCGCUCUACAUAUCUCCAUAUAUCCAGUAUUACAUAGAAAAAUAAAUGAUACUGGACAGAUAUAAUCUGUCUCUAGUAGAUAUAUAAUGGGAAAUGAGAACAGUGUGAAUUUUUCUUUAGAUAAAAACAGCAAAAAAGUAGUACCCUGAUGUGAUAAUUAGGGUGGGUGAUAUGGCACGAUAUUUCAGGGUAUAAUAUCGUACACGAUAUUCAAAAAUGUUGACGUUAUUAUCGUGUGCGAUAUGAUAUGGCACACCCCUAUCACAGACUAUAUUUUCCAUUUAAUGAAAAAAAAAGCUGUGUAGUCCCUUAAUCCCUUAAUCCCUGCCUAACUGACCCAUAGUGGUUAUUUAAACACUGGCAAAUCUAUAGAAUUAGAUUUUAAUUUAAAGUAAAUAAAAAAAAGUUAAAAACACACCAUUCAACAAACCAGACAACUCCUAUUAAACAUCCCUUUAAUCCAUCAGAGGAUCGACUCAAGGGACUCAAGAUGUAUUUAUGUAUUUAUUUAUGUUUUUUUUAUGUUCAUUGCAUCCCUAAACAGUGAUUAAAAGUGGUCUUAAUUUAGAUAAAAAUUAAGUGCGCUGGGCUACUCUACUGUUUCAUUGAAUUGUAUUUUUUUUUUAAUUGAUUGGAUUAUGGUCUAUUCUGAUGGAGACCAGGCCUAAAUUAGUUUUAUGUGAAAAAAAAGAUUACAAAAAAUAAAGAAAAUAGUUAUGUAGCUAAUACACUUUAUUAUAUUUGUUGGAUUGUGUUGUAGAUGACACCACUGUGUCCUUGACAAACUCAAAAACCUAUCAAGUUUCUACGUAAUGAUACUCAACCCAAGGUCAGACGCUCUAUCUACUUUCCUGUUGGAUGGGAAUCCAGAGAAUGCACACAAACUAAAUUGUGACAUAACUGAGUAAAUGAACCUCAUACCAAGGUGUAACAAACACACACACACACAACUGGAUAGCUAGUUAGCUCUUAAAAUGCUUACUGAGUUAGCUUUAUCUUAGCACAUUGCUCAGAUUUAAAGAGAGUGAGGGGAUAUUAGAGGUUGUUUAUUCUGAAAAUGAUUUGAUGAAGUGUAUGUGUGAACUUAUUACUUUGUAAUAGUAAAGAAAGAACCUUAAUCAUCAAUAAUAUAGGAUACAUUUCACUCAAAAAAAAAGUUUUUUUCUCAUGAAAAGCUCAUGAAAUGUUGUCAUUUACAUACCUUUAUAAAAUGUGGCAUCAAUGUGCUUGAUGGGAAUUAAUUAAUCUCCUGUAUUUCUCUUUCAAGAAUGUGACUGCUUCUGGAAUUUCACUAAAAUACUCUAAAUGAAAAGCUACAAUAAGUCAUUAGAUAUUUAUUUUUUAAAAUAUGUGGUGCUGAAGAUUUUAUUAAAGGUUUCAUCACA